GAAAGGCUAAAAUAGUGCAUUAUAAUCACAGGUACUAAUAAAUCCAGAUUAUAAAAUUAAUUUUUUUAAAACAUCUUGAUUUUUACAGCAGUCUCCAGAAAAAUUGGAAGAAGCAAUUCCUAAGCAAGAAAGUAUUCCUGAAAAGACAGAUUCAGUUGCAAGUCCUCCUCUAGUCCAGGAAAUAGAACCAAGUAAAACUGAAGCUACAAAACCAAGUCAAGUUGAAAUAACAGAACCAAGUCAAUCAGAAGAGAAAGAAGUACCCAAAGCAAAUAUUGAAAGCAUUCAAGUGAAUGUAAAUGAAAAUUCUGAAGUGUCACUUUCCAAUAAAAAAGAGAUUGAAAGUGAUAAUUUAGAAGGAGCUGUAGUAAAAAUCCAAGCAGGAAUUCGUGGUUACUUAACUAGAAAAACAUUGAAAGAACAGAAAGAUAAUGUAUCACCAAACAAAAGUCUGGGUACUGAAGAAUCACAUAAAGAUGAUUCAAGUAAAACUGAAAUUAGCAAAGAAGAGAAAUCAAGUGAAAUCUCUGAAAAAGAAAUAUUACAUUCAUCCAAUACACAAGAAAUGUCUGAUGAUUUAAAUGAAGAUGAUGCUGAUGUUGAAAAAGCUGCAGUUAAAAUUCAGUCAGUUUAUCGUGGAUACAUCACAAGAAAAAACUUAAGUAACAUUGGAGAUGAACUGACAGAAGAAGAAAACAAACAAACUUCAUUUUCUGAAAAGGAGUCAUCUCAAGAUAAAGGAGAAAUUGAAGAAGAAGAAGAUGAUGAUGAAGAUGAAAAUGAAAGUGGUGCAUUAGAACAAGCUGCAGUUAAAAUUCAAAGUACAUUUCGUGGUUAUCAAGUUAGAAAACAAAGAAAAAAUGGACCAAAAAAAGAAGACGGCAAAGAGCAAUUGUUAAUUGAUACUGAUGAAAUUCAAGACGAAAAUGAAAAACUUGAAUCAAAUGAUCCUGAAGCUGAAGGAAAAGCUGCAGUAAAAAUUCAAGCCAUGUAUAGAGGUUAUAAAGUACGAAAAGAAAUCAAAAUGAUUGGAGAAGAUGGCAACCAAAGAACAGAAUUUGAAGAUGAUGAUAAAUCAGAUACUAACAUAGACGAAUAUUCAGAAGAAACAGAUAAUGAUGGCAUUUUGAAAUCUAAAGCUACCAUUGUACUUUCAACACCAACAAGCAAUGUUAGCAAAGACAAAACAAACGAAGAAGUUUUAAUAAGUUUUGAUACAGAUUCAGUUCAACCAAUGGCCGAAUCACCAUCUCUUCUUGACAGAAAUGAUGAAGAACAGUGUUUUCAAAAACCAAUGGUUCCUAUUAGUAAUGAAACAACAAUUCCAAAAUCAGUUUCAGAACCAACUGUUGACAUUAAUUCUGUCACCAAAUCAAAAGAAGAUCAUUUAAUUUCUCCAUCCAGUGACUGAAUAUGUAAAAAAUAAUAAAUUCUUUAUAAAUUCUAUUAAAAUUAAAGAAUACUGACAAUUGAUAUCGAUAUGCGGCGACUCCAUUCCGUACAGAAGAUAAUUGACUGUUAAAU